UAAUUAUAUAUAACAUAAAUAAUAUAAAUAACAUAAAAAAUUUGUCUUCCUUGUAACUGAUUUACGAGGAAGUUGCUUUGUUUGAAGCUGAAUAUAAGAAAAGCGAUCAGAAAAGAGUAACUUUGAGAAUCUGAAGCAAUAUGAAGCUUCACACUAACAGGGUAGCAGUCUUUGCUUGUGUUGUCCYCUGUUGUCCCCCUGCCUUUUAGGUGGUUACGUACCAGACAUKUAAUAAUAUUCAAAGACCUUUGGGGAUUCCCACUGGGUUUUUGUGAAACUGAUUGGCAUGSUCUGCUACAUAAGGAKCAAUGUAGCAUGAAAAGUAAAGAAAACCYUUUGGUAACUUCUGUCCCAUUGUUUCAUGUUUMAGAACUGGCUCUUAAAUUACUUAUUUGACACAGGAAAUAACAUCUACCWCAGAAUUCASACUGAAACACGUCAGAAUAAAAAGAAUAUUGAAGCAUUAAAAUGUGUAAAGGUAAGCAUUCACUGAAUACACACACAGCUACAGCARAUCAAAACAGAGAAACAUUUCAAUGUUAUUAGUUGAGAACAGUCGACUUUACCCAGCACAUAAUUUCUAACAACUGUCUGAUAGUCCCAACGUCAAGCACCAAACAUAAAUAUUAUUAAAACCUUAAGUCGCUGGUCAACCUGUUACCUUUUACAUUUGGAUGUCCUUAUUUCUUCAGUUCAUCGGUUUGUUCCUGUAAGUUCGUGCUUUCCUUUUUUUGACUUCUGCGUUUCUUAUUCUCUGUAUGUCACUGUCAGCGUGUCAGGGUGUUGACAGGAAGUACUAUCUGAUUUCCUGAUUUUUGACAAGCGUACCAAAAAUGUCGACAGUGUCUGAUCGCUGUCAGUUGUUUUUUUUUUUAUUUCACAGUCACAAAACAUGAAGAAAACUUUACUUUCUCACACAAAAUUAUAUUCUGUUCAGUACUUAGACAACUUAACCACAAUAUGCUGCACAUUGACUGAAAAAAGGGGAUUUCUUCUYCUAAAAUUGAAACUUCCUGAUUCCUUUACYAUUGUUGCAUCUUUCUGAAUGAGCCUGUGGAGAACAUUGACAYAUUUACAGGAAAAUAUGUGAACAUUCAGAGCCUCCAAAACAGUUAMAUUUUCUGUGUAUGAAAACAUUGCCUAUUGUAUUUCAGUCAUGUUUGUUCCAAAUAUGGACAGUUUCCAUUCACAGAUGCAGUAUUCAAAAGCUUGAUUGUAAAAGAGCAAGAUUCUCUUUCUGCUGCUCCAUAGAACAACAAAUAAAGCAGCAAUAAGAAAAUUAGACACCAUAAUUAUGUUAUUAUAGGAACUCAAACAGAACUUUUUUAUUUUCUUUUGAAAGAUUUCUUGAUGAUGAAAUGAUCAUGAGAGAAGCUUAUGUUCCAUGGAAGCGAACGUCCAUCUUUCAAGAAAUCGAUUUAUCUGACAUUUCAGGAAAAGAAACCCARUGUGGCUUCGCUUCUCAGCAGCGCAGCUUCCUGUUCUAGUUUUACCAAAACCACCUGGUCUAAGCUGCAUUCACAUCCAGCUUGAACUAUGAGUUUAAUUCAUUCUUAUUGCACUUUUCAUGUUGCUGUUUGCACUUGUUGCAAAUGCAUAAGUUCUCCUGCUUAACAUUAUUCAGUUUGUUAAAGAUUUGUUAAGAUGUGUGCAAAUUUAGCUCCUGGAUUCCUUUAGUGGAGUUUGUUUCCUCAUAAUGAAAAUAUACGAAUCAAUACAGACUUUUCCUGCAAUCAUAURUCACUAUUAAAUUUCCUUGUUAUUUGAUUAACUCAGAUUAACCACCAGUUUCCUGUUAAUGCUAAAUAAGACAACGACUCAGGGGUCAUCCCUUCUGUUCUGACAGAGAGGGAUCAGAACAUGAAGCUGUGCAGUUUGACCACUUAGACAUCUUUCAUAUUAAAGUCAUAUUUUACUGCAAGCAGCCCUACAGAUAUUUUACUGAUACAGUAAAGUGUGUGUAUGCUAUGUUGCAAUGGAUAUGAAAACAUGUUCAGUGAAAAACCUGUUUGCUCCUUCUGUUUUUGCUGUUUUUUGUCAGCCUUGUUUCRGAUAAUCAGAAAUAAAUACACACUGGAUAAAUAUGACCUGAGUAAAUACAGCAACUAGGGUAYGGAGCUGGACCAGCUGUGUGAUGUUAGCUCUAUUGCAUGUGGGGUGUCAGAUAUGUUGUUUUCUCAUUCAACGUCUCUCCCAUUUCUUGCUCCAUAAAGGUCAAUAAGAGUCAAAAGACACAUUUUAGGCUAUAUAAUCUUUUAAUUGUUUUACAUAAUUUCAACCAUCAUUUUCCUACUGGCUACAAUAAUCUGCACUCCGCUUACUGACACAAGCUGAACAGGUCUUGAAUUAUCAAAUGCUGGGUUUCUUGGCUAAGAGGUACAUCUAUAACUAUUAAACUUAGUAAAACCACACUGAAUACUAUAGCAGAAAACUGCUACUGUUUUGGAAUUAAAGUAAAUUAGGGAAAAGCCCUGGAUAGUUAUUUGUUUCUAAAAUGCCUUUUUGAUCAUUCGCCAUUGUCAAAACUUGUAAAAACUAUUAAAGGUCUCAUUUUUUUUCUGGAAGAGAUACAUAACCUUAAAUAUACCAAUAAAGUUGGAACUUUUACAAUAUUUACUACAGAUCCUCAUUUAACUGACUUUUGUGUAACAGUUUUAUACGAAUCAGAUUUUAUUACCUGUAGUAUGUAUUUGGGUCAAGGUUUGCUGCAAAAGACAAAAAUAGCCAAGCGUUUACAGUCAAAUGUUUAAAGCUUGUAAUGAUUGAAGCAUCAGAACCAACAUAGUGAGUUUUAUUACACUGUUUAAACUUAAGGUUGAACUCUACUUUGAGCUUAAGCUUCUGACAGAGUUUUAUAUGCAAUAAAGCCAGUGCUUGUAACCACAAUAGAAACAAUUUACAGGUACACAAGAGAGUCAUCUAAAAAAAUGCUCUUUUACAGCAAUUAGUGUCACUUCAGGUAAGGAUGUGUCGGAAGCCUUACAAUAAAUGUCUUUCACAUAUCUUUAGCUCUUGCUGGGAUUAAUGUCACAGCAAGAGCUAAAGGAAGUMAUUCAUGAGUUAAUCUUUAGUUUAAUUGAUUACUACGAGAGUGUCUUCAAAGGUCUGCCUAAAAAGUCAAUCACACAUCUGCAGCUGCUGUUGUCAUUUUCAGUUUCCUCAUCAUUUACCAUUUUUUUGCAAAUCUCUGUUAAAAUGGUCAUUUCUUUUAGAACCAGCUCUUUUUCCCUUUAAYUGUAUUAURCAUCUAUGGACAUAAGCRCGGUCUCUUGUAACUGAACAGCACUCCUUGUGCUCGCCAUUAAUAUUAGGGACUUUUGAACAGAAUGACUUUAUUGCUCUUUUAAGAUUGAAUGAAAAUAAUCAAUCUGAGAGAGAGCUAUUGACAUACAACAACUUUUCUGAUGAGGAGUUAAUGAUCAUUUACUGUAUGUAUGUUACUGGCAUCAUAUGUAUAGAUCAAAUUCCAGCAAUCAGUAUUAGAAAGAAGAUAAGAUGGUGUUUUUACUGUUCUUCAUUUUGUUAGAGACCAUUUCUUCAAAAGGAAGGUAUACUUUUUUUUUUUUUUGGAGCAGUUGGAAUUAUUCUUUGCAGGUUUGUUGAAUAUUUUAGGAUUCACCAAUUUAUUGGUUUGGCAAAUWUUUAUCUAUUUUACAUGUUUGCUGGGAGGUCAUGGUCUGUGUUCAGAUUUUGGAAUAAAUCUAGAAUACGCUGAAGUUAUACCCAAAUAUYCACAAAUCCCUCCUUUGUACCUUAAUGUUUAAUUAUGCCCUCUCUCCAGCUCAUKUCCCACUUAUUCCUUUAUCAGCAUCCGUAUAUAUUUCUGUUUGGUUGCACACUGUAAACCUUCAAACUUUCAUUGACCCUCUCCUCUGAGUGUCUUCCUUUAAGGAAGGUCUCAAGAUGUGCUGAGGCAUUACUCACAAACACAAGUGUGUCAGAGAAGGUGCACGGAUAUCUUCCAGCUGCUGAGGGGUGAAGUUGGCUGUCAGCACAUUUUUACUUCACAGACUGGACUGAACUGACAUAGGGGCCCCAGGGAGGUUGGCAUCUAUUUCCAGUGGUUAGCAGGUGACUCAUUAACCAGUGACAUCUAAAGGCAAACAGAAGUGACCAGAUCAACUAAACAUCUGGAUUCAGAAGAGACUUAAAGACAGAAAGAUCCUAAUUCAGCAAUGGAGGAAAACACUGACAGUAAUCCAGGGUUUAUGCUGGCUGACUACGCCGUCUUUGCUGCUAUGUUGUCAGUUUCCAUGGCGAUUGGGCUUUUUCAGGCUCUGAAAAAACAGCGAAGGGAUGCAACUGCAGAGGCCUUCUUCACCGGAGGUCGGAGCAUGCCGGCUGUGCCUGUUGGCCUGUCGCUCUGUGCCAGCUUCAUGUCAGCUGUCCAGGUCCUGGGUGUUCCCUCAGAGGGAUUUCGCUAUGGCUUCAAAUUCCUCUACAUGUGCCUCGGACAAAGCAUCAACUCCCUGCUGACAGCUUACCUGUUCCUGCCAGUUUUCUUUCGACUGGGCAUCACCAGCACCAACCAGUAUCUAAAGAUGAGGUUUGGCAGAGGGAUGCAGCUGCUGGGAAGCGUCCAGUUUAUUCUUGCAACGCUGCUUUACACUGGGAUUGUCAUCUAUGCACCAGCUUUGAUCUUAAAUCAAGCUACUGGACUCAGUAUCUGGGUGUCUCUCUUUUCCACGGGGUUCAUUUGCACCAUAUACACCACACUGGGCGGCAUGAGGGCUGUUAUCUGGACCGACGUCUUCCAGAUUGUUGUCAUGUUAUCAGGCUUCAUGGCAAUUUUCAUCCAAGGGACAAUUCUGGUUGGUGGUCCUGCACAAGUACUGGAGAUUGCCAGCAAUGGAUCACGCCUUAAUUUCAAUGAUUUUGAUGUCGAUCCACGGAAACGUUACACCUUCUGGAGCCUCAGUGUUGGGGGCUCCUUGGUUUGGUUGUCCAUGUACGGGGUAAACCAAGCACAAGUUCAGCGCUACAUUUCCUGCCGAUCAGAGAAAGAAGCCCAGUGGGCUCUGUUUGUAAAUCAGAUCGGUCUGUGCCUCAUUGUGAGCAGCGCAGCAACCUGCGGUAUUGUCAUGUUUGCUUAUUACAACCUCUGCGACCCGCUGAAAUCUGGGAGGAUUUCUGCACCUGAUCUGUACAUGCCAUUCUUCGUGUUGGACAUAUUCAGUAAUCAUCCAGGAUUCCCAGGUCUUUUCCUUGCCUGUGCAUAUAGCGGGACUCUCAGCACUGCCUCCACGAGUAUCAACGCCAUGGCUGCAGUGACGAUGGAGGAUAUACUGAGGCCUCAUCUGCUCCAGAUGAAACAGAAGAAACUAGUCCUGGUUUCCAAAGGACUGUCAUUCCUGUAUGGAGUUGGAUGUAUCACUGUAGCAGCUCUCUCCUCCUUCCUGAACUGGGGGGUUCUUCAGGGUUCGUUCACUGUCAUGGGUGUGGUCAGUGGUCCAGUUCUGGGCGUAUUCAUUUUGGGAAUGUUUGUCCCAGGAACAAACAGGCUGGGCGCRUACUCUGGAAUAUUGRCGGGAUUCUGUGUCUCUCUGUGGCUGGCUGUGGGUUCAACUCUUCACCCACCCAGUGAGGAGACAAUGGGUGUCCUGCCCAGCUUCACAGAUGGCUGCAGCWUUGCUAAUGGCACAAGAAACAACAGCUCUAACCUGGAUGAGGUUUCCAUCUUGACCCCACUUCAUCCUAARCACCAAGGUGGCCUCCUCAACUUCUACUCUGUGUCUUACCUCUAUUUCGGAGCCAUGGCCACCAGUUCAGUCAUACUGGUGGGACUGAUAGUGAGCUAUGCAACAGGGCCAACAAAGAGGAGUCAAAUAAAAGAGGGGUUGCUAUGGUGGGACCUGAAUAAAAAGGAGAUAGAGAUCUCGUCAGAAAGCAGAACCGAUGUGAUAUYCAGGAUGUUCCCCUGCUUCGUUCAGAAUGCAUGCAGGAAUACACAACAGAUAUCUGCAGUUCACAUGGGAAAUAAUCAGGAGGACAAAUUAAUAGACAACCGAGUGGUGGUUCCUUUGAAGAGCCUACCCAGAGAYGAUGUGCUGUAAAUGGAAAAAAAAGAGGAUGUAGUUUUUAAAUGGUAUUAACCUCCAAAUUACUCAUAGCGAAUAUUGGAAUUUCCUCUGUAGUAGCAGUAAAGUUUUUUUUGGUUUUUUUUUACCUUAUCAUUUGAAGUUUCAAAAUCCUGACACACAUUCAGAGUCAUUGAUCUUUCAAAGAGCCAUAAAUAUAAAUAAUAUCCAGUACAGUAAAAUAUGAUGAAAGACUUUCAUUUCCUUCUGGUAUGUACUGUUUUGGGAAAGAUGUGCAUCUGCAAUGUGUCAACACGAGAAUGAUGGGAAGCAGAGACAACGGUUUAAAUCAGUGUGUACGUUUGCCGUAAUUUAGUGAUGGUUUCCUUAUUUCAUGCUCUGUUAUCAGGGCUUUGUUUUUUUCCUGUUUUUUUAUUAUUGGAAGCAAAGUGGGUCACAGCUUCACACUCAAAUGUAAAUGAUGAGACAACAUGGUCAUAUACAAAAAAUCAGUUGACACGUCUUUAUUGAAAACAGUUUGGGUUACUUUUCAAAAAAUAUAUGUAUAGUGAACAGUAAAAUUAAUAUUAACAAA